UUUGCAGUAUUUUUGAAAUUAAAAAAAAUUGCAGAAGAUGUUUUGUUUGUUGAAUUGUGGGAUGUUUUUUCAAAAAUAAUUGACAGGAAGAUUCAGAGAUUCAAAGGUGACAUUUAUGUUAAAUUUAGGUUGACAUUUAAAAGUCUCGCGAAACGUUCGAACAAUUUCUUCUAACUGAACUUCAUCUAGUCAUCAGUAAAGGUUGAAAUCGAAAUGUAAAGUCACCAUCAAUUACUGCCGAAACGUCACAAGUGUCUGUAAACCUAAAUUUUUGUAUAAGUUUGUUAAAGAUGAAGUCGUAGUUGUAUUUCUGUGGAAAAAAGUGAAAGAAUGGCUAAUUCGCUGACUCAAAAUACUUCGGAGCACUGGUUGACUGCCAUGAAGUGUAUCCUAUGCAAAAACACCCCGAAUGUCUCGCCCCUUUAUAAAUGCAAUCUAGGACACAUCGUUUGCAUGUCGUGUUAUACCAAAAUAGUACACAGAGGAGUCCCGAGAUGUACGGAAUGCAGCGGAAUUAAUUUUCAACCUGUACACGUGUCCCCCGAAUUUUUACAGAAACUAAAAGUCAAACCAGGCAUUGGAAGAUCGAGGAGAUACAAUUCGAUAUCUCCCCCAUUACCUUCAAUAAAAACAGAAAGUCGAACAACAACUAAUAAUAAUAAUAACAAUAAUAAAAAUCCAGGUAUAACACUGGAGGAAUUGUUUGGAUUAACGCAAGAACAAUUGCGAUUUCUUUUCGAUGAAAAUGUGAAGUGUAAAGGCAAGUUUAAUAAUAAUGAACUAGGAGAAUAUUCUAACAGACGUCCUGUAAACAGGCUCGAUACUGGAGACAUGGGCAAUAGUGCUUUUGAUUCAUACGAAGAAAGCAAAAUAUGGAAAAUAAAAAACCGUAAUAAACUAAUAAGUAUCUGUGACAGUACAACGAACGUAUCCAGGAAACCACUGGUUUGUCCUCAUAGUCCUUGCGGCAAAAUCAUAGCUCAAUCGUCCUUUGACAUUCACUUCAAAUACGAACACGGCGAUAUCCCCAGAUUUGAUCUGGAUCGAGGCAAAGAACUUCAUUUAAUCCACGACAUCUCCGUUACCACUCAUGGAUCAUCAUUCUGUUUGGGAUUGAUAACAAUAUAUGAAUCAGGGACGAUGACAAAAUCGUGUGUUAAACCGCAUAUCUCAUUAGCAAAUGCUGGUCGAAAAAUGUUACAAAAAACACAGUCAUGCACCUUUUGGUUGAUGGUAAGUGCUUCGACAGAAGAACGAAGGAAUCGAUCGUACGUCAUGUAUUGGAUGCUAUCGAACAAUGACGAUCGUUAUCACUGCACCCUGGAAUUGUCAUCGCAAGACGAGAAUACAGUUUGCUCUUGUUUUUGCAGCACAACUGGAAUGCACGAAAGCCUCGACAUGGACGAUAUAGCCCAAAAAAUGAAAUGUUUGUAUUUAACUUACGGGUCCCUGUCCAAUCUUUUAGGAGAAGGACCGAAGUUGAACUUUAGGAUAACUGUACACUGAAUCUCGACGAGAAAUGUUUCGAUUUUAGGUCUGCAACUGAACAAUAAUACGAAUGUAGGGGCUAAAUCUUUGUUCUGAAAACAUUUUAAAUAUCUAUUGCGGUUCUCAGGAUAGGUUCGUUCCAAAAUUUCGGUCACUUGAAAAGUGACCAAGUGCAGAUUAAAAAAAAACUGAAAAAUUUAUAUUGUAUUUUAGCAAGUAAGAAAAUGCAUUUGUACGACUAUUUGUACUUAGUCAG